UUCCAAAAUGACACAUUUCCUUCUCUGUUUAGCAUUCAUGCGUUGCAGCUUUUCACGUCAGUCUCCUAACGAGAUUGUUCCAUCAGACGGAAUUACCCGCAUCACUCAAUGAAAUACAAUUAUUGAUUACACUGCCCCCUCUCUCUGGCUCUCCUGCAGCCACACUCUCUCAUCUCCCGAAGUGCUGCAUGCAGCCAGAGAGGACUGCAUCGGAGGGGGGGAGAAAAAAAAAAAAAAGAAAACCCUGUCGUGUGCUGGCAGUUUCCUCCGAUCCUGCUUCUCAUCGGAGGGGGAAAAAAAAUCCCAGAAAGAGCUUCACUAUUUACCAUAAAGGGAUAACGGGGUGUGAUGCAAUGGGUUACUUUCAGCUCAGUCCACUCUUCACGCCAUAAAGACGCCCAGCUGAUGACGGUGAUUGCCGGAGACUUUGAGGGUUAUCUCCUGUUGUGACUCAAGAGUGCAGCAUCUCUAGAUCCUCCGAUAGCCGCAAAUCUCCAUCCUUCUGCACUCAGCCCUCCAACCUGCCAGAAAAGGUCAACAUUUAGCGCCACUAUGGAGGACACGUACAAUAACAGGACUUCUCUGGUUAAGGGAGCCAAGGACAUGGUCAAGGAGGCCAAGCGGCACACGGCGAAGAAAGUCAACAAGGUGGUUGACCGCGCUGCCGACGAGUACUCAUCUCAUCGCAACUACGCGCGAUUCCAGGAUGAGGAGGACGAAGACGAGGAUUUCUACCGCAACCAGAAAGGACACGAAGGAGAGAGUUACCGUGACAACGAGGAGGGCUCCAGCGAUGCCACGGAGGGCCACGAUGACGAGGACGAGAUCUAUGAGGGGGAGUACCAGGGGAUCCCCUCAGCCGCAGACAAGAAGCAUAAGGAAGGCCAGGUGGCGCUGGGACAGCCGACGUCGGAUGCAGCGAGGGACCGCAGUGAGCUGGAGCAGGAGAGGGAUGCAGAUGAAGAGGAGCUGGCCCAGCAGUAUGAGCUGAUCAUGCAGGAGUGUGGCCAUGGGAGCUUCCAGUGGCAGCUGUUCUUUGUACUGGGACUGGCGCUCAUGUCAGAUGGUGUGGAAGUGUUUGUGGUGGGAUUUGUCCUGCCCAGUGCAGAGACAGACAUGUGUGUCCCAAACUCCAGCUCAGGAUGGCUCGGCAGCAUUGUAUACCUGGGAAUGAUGGUUGGAGCUUUCUUCUGGGGAGGAAUGUCUGACAAAUUGGGCCGCAGACAGUGUCUCCUCAUUUGCAUGUCCACCAAUGGCUUCUUUGCCUUCCUGUCAUCUUUUGUCCAGGGAUACGGACUCUUCCUUCUCUGCCGUGUAGUCGCUGGCUUUGGGAUAGGAGGUGCUGUGCCCAUUGUUUUCUCCUUCUUUGCGGAGGUGUUGUCCAGAGAGAAAAGAGGAGAACACCUCAGCUGGUUGUGUAUGUUCUGGAUGAUUGGAGAGAUCUAUGCAUCUGCCAUGGCCUGGGCCAUUAUACCGCACUAUGGUUGGAGCUUCAGCAUGGGGUCAGCAUACCAGUUUCACAGCUGGAGGGUUUUUGUCGUCGUUUGCGCCCUGCCGUGUGUGUGCGCUGUGGUGGCUCUUACCUUCAUGCCGGAGAGCCCCAGAUACUACCUUGAGGUUGGGAAGCACGACGAGGGCUGGAUGAUCCUCAAGCAGAUCCACGACACCAACAUGAGAGCACGUGGGCAGCCGGAGAAAGUCUUCACUGUAAACAGGAUAAAAAUCCCUAGACAACUGGAUGAGUUGGUUGAAAUGGAAUCAGAAACUGGAAACCCAGUUUCCAGAUUUUUCUUCAGGAUAAAAGCUGAAAUACAUGGGAUCUAUCUAAACCUCAUGAAGUGCUUCAAGUAUCCUAUGCAGGAAAACAUGAUGCGACUGGCCAUAGUGUGGUUCACUCUGUCCUUCGGGUAUUAUGGUCUGUCUGUUUGGUUCCCUGAUGUCAUCAAGCACCUUCAGGCGGAUGAAUAUGCUUCCAAAGUGCAGAUCCACAUUAAUGAACGCAUUGAAGGCUUCACCUUUAACUUCACCCUGGAGAACCAGAUCCACAGAAAUGGGACAUUUAUUCACGACCAGUUUGUCAACAUGAAGCUGAAAUCCGUCACCUUUAUUGACUCCACGUUUCGUUACUGUACCUUUGACGAUGUGACGUCGGUGGGUUCCUUGUUCAAGAAUUGUACAUUUAUUGACACUUUCUUCUUCAACACAGAUAUCGAUGAAUCUAAGCUGGUAGAGGGCACAGAGGUGAUUAACAGCACUUUCACCCACAACAAGACUGGCUGCCAGAUGACAUUUGUUGAUGACUACAGUGCCUACUGGGUUUACUUCAUCAACUUUCUGGGAACACUGGCUGUUCUUCCUGGCAACAUUGUGUCUGCUCUUCUGAUGGACAAAAUCGGGCGUUUGUCCAUGUUAGGUGGCUCCAUGAUCCUGUCUGGUAUCAGCUGUUUCUUCUUGUGGUUUGGCACCAGUGAGUCCAUGAUGAUUUUCAUGUUGUGCCUUUACAACGGUCUGAGCAUUUCGGCCUGGAACUCCCUGGAUGUGGUCACUACGGAGUCUUUCCCUACUGUCAGGAGAGGAACAGGCUUCGGUUUCUGUAACGCCUUGUGUAAGCUUGCUGCUGUCCUGGGGAACCUGAUCUUUGGUUCACUUGUUGGCAUCACCAAGGCCGUCCCCAUCCUCAUGGCCUCUUCGGUGCUCGUUGGAGGGGGGCUGGUGGGACUGCGACUUCCCGACACUCGGUCAAAUGUCCUUAUGUAACUCCAUCAACUUUGAUGAGUCCUAUAAGUUCUCAAGAAGGCCAAAAGAGCUUUUCAUAGGGAGUGCAAGUGGCUUGGUUUGCCCUGAGUGUGUUAAUUUUAAGAAAAAAUAGGAUUUUUUUCCACAUACUGUCAUAUUAUAACAAACUUUAUUUUACUAAUUGGAACUUACGUGACAGACUAACAAAGAGGAAAUCUGAAAAUUGUGGUCUUCAUGAUGAUGUUUGUUUGCUAAUGCAAAACAGAGCAGGUGCAUUUAUAUGGAGACUAAAUUACAUACAGGUGGACUUUAUUCAGUAGUGUCUGCAGUCAACUGAUUUCUCUGGAUUGUAUUAACGAGGAUCAAAGUAAAGGAACUCUGUACUUCUCAGAAUUUUUGAAAAUUUUGAAAAAUCGUCCAUAAUUUUGUCUUUUAUUUUGACUAUAUCCUACUUUGUGUUGGUCUAUCACAAAAAAACAAACAAAAAAAAACAAUACAAGCAUUGACGUUUGUAAGGCAGUGGUGGUGGAUAUGAAGCACCAUGUUGUAAUGUUUGGUUCUAGGUAGGAGCAAAGUGCAGAUAACAGGAGGCAGCAGGUGGAGUGCAGAGGCUUUAUUGUUAAAUCCAAAAAAGACUUCCAGCGAGGCACGAGAAACCGGCAGGGAGCCGACCAGAGAGCUUGUGAAAGGAAUCGCAGAAUAUCACAGAGUGCAACAGAAGGAUCCAGUGGAGACCCGACAUGUACUGAGGAAGGAGUGCAGAAUAAUAUGACCACCAGAAGAGGUAAACAUGAGUAGGGAAGAGAGGAAAAUUAGGAGAUAUGCAUCAGCUGAGCUGAGAGACAAGUCAAGGGAAGGAGGAGCAUAAGUAAGGGAGAAAAUCAAACUAAAUGAGAAACGAUUAGCUGCUUUUAAAGCUAACAGCAACAAAAGGAACACUGAUCUAAGGAACCCAGAUUUAAUACUCAAAUAAUAAUAAACCAAGAUGUAAAACACACAGAAUAAAAAAGAUCAGAUUUAAGUAACUAUUAAUGAUUAAAACUGAAAACACAAAUGAAGCUAAAUGUCCAAAUAGCUACACAUCAUUACAACAUAAGGCAGUAAAAAGUGCUUACUAAACAAAAAGAAAAAAAACAUGUUUUUUUCUGUAACAUAGAGCUUAAUUUGUCAAGCACAGAGAAGAAACAACUAUUAAAAUGCAGAUUUAAAUCCAAAUUUGAAUUCAAGUAUAAUUUUGAAUGAUGAAGAAAACAGUUCAUGAGUCAGAUUUUUGAGUUGAAAGCUGCAUUAUUAAAAUGUUUUUUUGGUCAUGAUUUGAAAGAAGUGACACUUUCUGCACAUCUCAGGUUUUUAAAAAGUCUAUUCCAGACACAAGGAGCGUAGAAACAAAAUGCUUCCCCUCUGUCAAAUUCUGGAAAAGUUGACAGUCGUAACGUGACAAAAUUUGAAAAUGUCCAAGGUUUUUUUUUUUUUUAUACUUUCGCAAUCUUCUGUACUUCUAUUAAAGCCACUCACUAGUAAAUCACAUCUUCACAAACCCAGAAUACUUAUUUGAAGGUUAACAUCUGCUCAGUUUUUUUUUUGACCGAUUGCAGCCUCCAGCUCCAGUCACAACCUUGCAUAGAGACGCAAGCUUGAGGCUUUUAAUAUUGAUACAGUCUUAUUAAGACGGGCCAGAUGGGGAGAAAAGUGAAAAACAAGCUGUAAUGAGCACAACCAAGCUGUUGUGCGACAACAUGGGAGCUCCUGAUCAGACAGAGAGGACUCAUUGACACCUGGCUCACCUGCAGGACUCGCACUCUGAGCAAUGAACAUUUGUGCAGAAAGUUGUAAGUAAAUAGUGAGAGAUGAGUAAACUUCUGACAUAUUGACACACUUUUAUUCAUCUCUAAACCUGCACCACCUAAUAUAUUUUUUUGAGUAUUUUGCUCAGACUAGACCAACAUUUGAAAGUAGAUCAUUUAUUCAGGGAACCAAGCCAUUUGCAUAAUCUCAACCUUGAAUUGAAAAGACCAUAGUAUAAAUUAUAUUUUCUUGUACCGUUAAAUGUAUGUGAUGUUAAAUAUGAGGAUGACACCUUUAUUACCCGGUGUGUGACUGUGUAAGCUGAAAAGGUAGUAGUUUUACUGCAGAUAUAGAUAUUUUCCAUUCUGUUCAGAACUUGUUUUCUGAUGUAAGUUUUGUGUUGAAUCCUGUCUCUGUGACUGUUCCUGUCAUUUUCUUAAAAAAAUAAGAUAAAAUAAAUCAUAAAUA